AUGCGGAGUGUGUUGGCGUGGAGCGACAAAGUGCCCGAGCGCAACGGGGAGAAGUUCGUGGUGCAGGAUUUGGCCUUCCGACCGGACGGGACUCAAGUCGUCGCUGCUGUGGGCACCCGCGUGCUGGUGUACGACGCCGUGGACGGCACGUUGCUGCACUCGCUCAAGGGCCACAAGGGGACGGUCUACGCCGUGGACUACUCGCACGACGGCAAGCGGUUCGCCUCGGGUGGGGCGGACAACAUCGUCAUCAUCUGGACGGACAAGGCCGAGGGUAUCCUCAAGUACACGCACAACGACAGCAUCCAGAAGCUGGCCUACAACCCGCAGUCGCAGUGUCUGGCGAGCUGCACGGCGUCCGACUUCGGGCUCUGGGCCCCGGAGCAAAAGUCCGUGGCCAAGCACAAGGUGGUGGCCAAGAUCCUGUCGGCCUGCUGGAGCAAAGACGGCCAGUUGCUGGCCCUCGGUCUGCUCAAUGGCAACGUGACCCUGCGCGACAAGCUCGGAGCCGAGAAGAGACUCAUCGAGCGCUCGAAUGCGCCCGUGUGGGCGUUGGCCUGGAGUCCAGCGCACGAGGAUGACUCGACGGAUAUUCUGGCCGUCGGGUGCUGGGACCGAACCCUCGCGUUCUACACCCCCAGCGGAGUUAUGCAAGGCAAAGCGCGCAAACUCGCGUUUAACCCCACGAGUCUCACGUACUUCAGCAAGGGAAAGUAUCUUCUCGUUGGUGGCAGCAAUCGGAAGGCGGGACUCUACACUAAGGACGGCAUUUUUCUCGUCGGAAUUUGCGAGCAGGAGAGUUGGGUUUGGGCGAUCAAGGCGCGGCCGAAGACGAAUUUCGUGGGCGUGGGGAGUGAGGACGGCACGCUGUCGAUGUACUGCCUCGUGUUUGGCACCGUGCACGGCAUCUACCAAGAGCGCUACGCCUACCGCGAGCAUCUCACGGAUGUGAUCGUGCAGCACUUGAUGACGGAGCAAAAGGUGCGCAUCAAGACUCGAGACUGCGUCAAGAAGCUCAGCGUCUACCGCGACCGCCUGGCGGUUCAGCUCUCAGACCGCAUUAUCAUCUACGAGCUUGCUGGCAACGGCACGUCAGCCAACGCCAGCUACGACAUGCACUACCGCGUGAAGGAACGCAUCACGAAGGACCUCCCCUGCAGCCUUUUGGUCGUCACCAGCCUGCACUUCAUCUUGUGCCAGAAGCAGAAGCUGCAGCAGUACGACUUCACGGGCAGGAAGGAGCGGGAGUGGGUGUUGGAGUCGCUGAUCCGCUACAUCAAAGUCACGGGUGGUGCUCCGGGACGCGAAGGUUUGCUGGUCGGACUGAAGGACGGCUCAGUCUGGCAGAUCUUCAUCAACAACCCGUUCCCGAUCCCCCUCAUCCAGCAAAGCAGCCCCAUUUCCUGUCUCGAUAUCAGCGCCAACCGAGAGAAGUUGGCGGUCGUGGAUGACUCGCACAAGUGUCUGGUGUAUGACUUGGCCACGAAGCAGCUCUUGUUUGAAGAAGGCGCAACGAACAGCGUGGCUUGGAACACCGAGUGCGAGGAUAUGCUGUGCUUUGGUGGUAAUGGACAGCUGAAGAUCCGUGCGGGGCAGUUUCCAGGUCACACGCAGCGGAUGCAGGGAUUCGUCGUGGGAUUUUCAGGCUCGAAGGUCUUCUCACUCAGUGCUUUGAGUGUGCAAACCAUCGACGUGCCGCAGUCCGCGCCAUUGUAUCGAUACCUGGAGCAAAAUAACUUCGCGGAAGCGUACGCUGUGUCCUGCUUGGGUGUCACGGCGGCAGACUGGAGGUUAUUGGCCUGGGAAGCGCUCAAGAGCAUGCGCUUCUCAGUUGCACGCAAAGCUUUCAUUCGAGUGCGCGACGUGCGCUACAUCGAGCUUGUCAACGCCCUGGAACAAACCUGGAAGCAACAAUUGCCACAGGCAAGCGAAGGCAGCAACCAGGAAGGCGAAGAAGUCGGCGGUGAAGCUGGUAAGAAGGUCAAAGCACUGCUCCAGGCCGAGAUCAUGGCGCACCAGGGCAAGUUCCCACUCGCGGCAAAACUGUUCGCAGACUGUGGGGAACCAGCACGCGCGAUCAAAAUGUUUGCCGACUUGCGGAUGUGGGAUGAGGCCAAACGCUUUGCCACGGCGCGUCAGGCUGGGGAUGUACAGCAACUUGUCCUGGCACAGGCUCGUUGGGCUGAGGAUGUUCAGGAUUGGCGAGCUGCUGCGGAAAUGUACGCAGCCAGUGGGAACUACGUGCGCGCUGGCGAAAUUCUGGGAGAGCACGGCUGGCUGGACGAACUCUUGGAGCUCACGCGCAAGCCAGACGCCGCAGCAAGUUCGAGGUUGUUGACUGUCGCCGCGAAUUUCUUCUUGAAGGGCGGUCAGUUCGCCAACGCGCGCGAUAUGUACUUGAAACUAGGAGAUCUGGACGCGCUACUGCAGAUGCACAUCCGACUGCAGGAGUGGGAAGAAGCUGUCCGUUUGGCAGACAGACACCGAGACAGCGUACGCCGACCUGAUGAAGUUUUCGUCCCGUACGCACAAUGGCUGGUGACACAGGAUCGCUUCGACGAUGCACUAGAGGCGUACACCCGCGCCCAACGACCAGAUCAAUGCUGCAAGCUGCUCUGUCAGUUGAUUGACAACGCAGUGAGUGAGCGUCGCUUCCGUUCUGCUGCGUAUUACCACUGGAGGUUGUCCGAGCAGCAGAUGAAGACUAUCUUGGACCCGAAACAGGAGACAACGGGAGGCGUGGAGCUCAACGAGGAACAACGCGCCAAACUCGCAGCAGCGAUGGAGAACGAGCUGCUGUCGGAGCUCUACUACGCGUACGCCAUGAUCUACGCCUUCACCGACGAGCCGUUCACCACCCUACUUCCUGAAUCACUCUUUCACGCUGCAAGAUUCCUUCUCAAUAAACUCGCAGCUCGAGGCAGCAAUGGUCGAAUGGGCGGCAGUAGCAGCACAAUCGUUGUGGCACCACCUCCGCCGGGAAUCUCCCUCAGCAAUAUCUACUUCACACUGGGCCACCACGCUCUGCAGCUCGAGAGCUACAAGCUCGCGCGACAAGCGUACGACAAAUUGCUGCAGAUGAAGCUGCGUUUGGACUGGCAGCCUGUUGUCGAGUGCACCGCCAUGACACUGCAAGCGCGACCGUAUGCUGACCGGGAAGAGCUGCUGCCUGUGGACUACCGCUCGUCCACCGUAAACCCGCUUCUGAACCCGAACAAUACCGGCGACGUCUGCAUCAACUCCGGUCACCCGUUUGUCCGCUCUUUCGUGUCAUUCGAGAACCUCCCACUCGUGGAGUUCCAGCCAGAGCCUGGGAUUUCUGAUGAUGAGGCUGAGCAGCUUAUUUUGACGCACCCGAGCGAGACUGGAGGCAGCAGCAAGCGCACAAGCGGAGGCUGGCGAGAGACCGACUACGGCAACGGAUCCCAAAGCAUGAAGCUCGACGACGACGACCCAGAGCCCGUCGACGAUUCCGCACGAGAUGGCGGAGACCUUUUCGAGCAAGCCCUCAACAAGCAAGCCACGUACGGAUCCAGCGUCGGCCACCGCUCCGGGGCAGCACAGUACCGCGUGCUUCAGCUGGAUGCCCGGACACUGCGCGCACUGCGUCCGAACGAGGUCUUCAUCGUGAAAUACCCGACGCGGGCCGUGCGUCCAAAGUACUACAAGAACAUGAUCCCGGAGAUCAAGAUCCACUUGUCGCCGCACUGCCGCCGGUUUUUCCACGAAGAAGACUUCGAGUUCGAGUACCUCAAGGCCGGCCACUGUCCGUGCUGCCAGGUAUCAGAGCUGGCCGCGUUGAAUCCGCCGCGCCUGAAGACGACGACCCUGCAGACGCCCUGCUAA